AUGUCAAACAACAAUCAAAACGAUGAUUUGUUUGACACAACAAUUGUCAAUCACUAUUAUUCAUCAUCUGAAACACAGUCUACUCGAGAAUCACAAAUGACGAUCAUAAACACUCUAGCUCAGUAUGUUGUCGCUCCCUCAAAAGAGAUCACUUUUCAUCAUCCAGGUAGUUACGGUGGCAGUACUGGUAUUGACGUUGACAAUCCAACACAGUCUUCUUGGAAUUGGAGUCGUGCUAGAUACUAUGUUAAAGUGUCGAUUGUUGGCAAGAAACAACUAAACAUGUUGCAGGUCAUUUCAAAGAGUGACAAGAAAACUGAAACUAGCCUCGUUGCCAGUAGAUACUUGGACACUCGAGAGACUAGAUCAAUCAAGCCCCCAUUCUCUCAAAUGUUUCCAUCUUGUCGACCUCUGAUGUUCAAACCACCUACCACUUCAAGUGUUGCUCCUACUCCUAAUCCUACUCUUGCUCCUACUUCUGUUGCAACUGGCAUUAGCAUUAGUAGUAAUGUAGUAGUAUUUUCACAAACACCCAUUCAACCAAACAACAAUCAAUUGAAUCCACCAUCUCCUUUGGUUGUCAAACCUCAUCCACCCUCGCUUCCUCUCUCACUUCCUCUCUCACUUCCUCUCUCACUUUCUCCUUUGAAUUUGUCGUUGGCUCAGUCAAUUUGUUGCUCAAUGAUUAGUUGA